AACCAACAAUGAAUAUCCAUCCAUCCAUUCAACCAUUCUACAAAGGUUUCUCUUUUCUCAAAUCUUCCAACACCUAAUCCCAAAUUCUUCGCUAAACCCUCACUCACAAAACUCAUCAGCAUCGCAGCCAUGACCGCUGAAGCGCCGAAGCCAGCGCGACCCUGUGACUACUGUGGUCACUCCAUGGCGGUUCUCUAUUGCAGAGCCGAUUCAGCCAAGCUCUGUUUCUCGUGCGACCGCGAGGUUCACUCUACCAACCAGCUCUUCUCGAAGCACACGCGGACGCUGCUCUGCGACGCAUGCGAUGAUUCCCCUGCUACCAUACUCUGUUCCACCGACACCUCUGUUUUCUGCCAGAACUGCGACUGGGAGAAGCACAACCCGUCGCUCUCCGAUUCCCUUCACCAACGGAGGCCCCUCGAAGGCUUCACCGGUUGCCCUUCGGUCUCCGAACUUUUAUCCGUUGUGGGGUUUGGAGAUCUCAGCAAAAAAUCGCUGCUUUCUUCGCCUCAGGGAAGUGCCGCUGAUGGGUUCCUCGGGUGUGAAAUUGAAGGGUUUUCGGAUUUGUUUGUUUGGGAUGCGCCUUCUGUUGUUACGCUUGAUGAUUUGAUUUCUUCUUCCGCUUCUUCUCAUAGCUUUCAGGCCAUGGAAGUUCCUCCCCUGCCUAAGAAUCGUAAGGCUGCUUGUGGGCGACACAGAGAAGAGAUUCUUAGUCAGCUUCGGGAAUUGGCCAGGUCUGAGCCAUUGGAUCUUGAACAAUAUGUGCAACCAGAAAACCUGUCCUCGGCUUUUGAAAGUGACGUGGAGUGGCAUAGAGAAAUGAGCGAGCCUAUGUAUCAAGUUGUUCCUCCUGACCCAUCAUUGAGAACUUAUACUGAAGAAGUUCCAGUUAAACAAUCCACUUCUGUGGGGGAAACUCACACCUUUGGCGACAAGGGAGGGAAUCCAUCUAUUUCUCUUAACUCUGAAACCCUACCAACUACUCCCAAAGCUGGUGCAUGUGAGUUAACUAGCCAAGAAAGAGAUUAUGCAUUGUUACGGUAUAAACAGAAGAAGAAAACAAGAAGAUAUGACAAGCACAUAAGAUAUGAAUCACGAAAAGUUCGUGCAGAAAGCAGGGUGAGAGUCAAGGGUCGAUUUGCUAAGAUGGAGCGGGAACAUUAAAAUGGUAGGCUGAUAUCUUUAGCAUUUGAAGUAUAUAUGGAGCAGAAAAGAUACAUGGAGAAGGAGUUAUUUUUGCGGGCUAGCGCAUUCUUCUGUGGUUUUAGAAACACGGUAGCUUGGAUGAUGUUAACGUUCCAGCAAAAUGUAAGCUUGUACAAAUGUUUUUCCUUGUUACUCAUUAGAGAAAUGCUAAAAACACAUUGUCUGACGCAUUCUUUGUCCUUGUAGAGGUGUGUUUCUAGCACUUUUCUAACUCUAUGAAUGCUAAAAUGAUAUAGGAUGUAGAAUGUUAAUUGUUGACUUUUCUCAGAUAUUUACGAAAGUGUGAGGUGUAUAUACCAAAAUAAAAUAAAUAAAAUUGCGUGAAUACUA